AGUUUACCUACACAGGUGCUUCAAAUGUCCAAGUAAGAGUGAACCAGUGGAAGUUUCGUUGGUCAGUGGCCAAGUGGAAGUUUUCCUCAACCUGUAUUUGUUGCCUGGGCAACAAAUCCAGCUGCUGAAAAUUAAUACAAGUAGCCCUCACAAGAGAAAUAUUUUCUACAAUCAAGUGGUACAUAUAUAUUUUAUGAAUUAACAAAUAAUAAAUAAAAAUUGUACACAUGUUUACUCAGAAGUAAGGUUCAAUGGGGCUUACUCUGCAGUGGGUGACUAUAGCAAUGCAGGCUCAGGAAGUCAAUUUAGGGAGCAGUAUGGUUGUAAAGAGACACUUGAAAACUCAUCUCAGAGAAUCACAUAGUAACACUCGCUUCUUCUUCAAUGCCAGCUUCAUGUUCAAAACCAGCACCACCCAGUGAAAACCUAAGGCUCUAGGCCAGGCCACUGAGAAGUGCCCCAAUAAGUGGCAUUUUUUAAAAAAGGGAUAAAUUAGUAAACUGUACCAGUGUUCUAUUAUGAAAAUAAUGGGUCAUAGGCCAAGUCCUUGUUAGCUUGUUUGAUAAUUCCUUCGCUGGUCAAAAUGACCUCAAUCUCGAUUGUCAGAAAAAAAACCCCAACAACAAAUCAGGCACAGAGCCAACAAAAAAAAUAUUAUUGACUGCUCACAAUCUUUUGUUGGGAUCACCUAAAUGGAGCUUAUGGUCCAGUUUGCGAAUUUCUGAUCUAAUAGCUUAGUGCAGGAAUCAGUGACAGUUACAAGCUGUGUCCAAAUGUUUUCAAAGUUGUAAUCAGAGCAACUUUUAAAUAAUUUCCCUUCUGUCUCAAGGACUGGUUCAGACACCUGAUUCUCUUUAGUUAUCUUCUAGGGGCAGUGCAGGGCCAUCAAACAAAUUAAGGCAUGUUUUCCAGAUUUUAUUCAGGACAAUGUGCAUUCCAUUAUUAUCAUAUAAUGCAAACACAUGAAUUGGUGUUGGGGUGAAACUUCAGCAUCCUGAGGAUGUCACCUUCUUUUAAGUUUCUAGCCCUUAAGCCUGCAAAAACAAGACUUGAAAAUGCCCUGUCCACAUCAUAGCUGUCAAGUUUUCCCUUUUCUCGCGAGGAAGCCUAUUCAGCAUAAGGGAAUUUCCCUUUUAAAAAAAGGGAGAACUUGACAGCUAUGGUCCACAUCAUACGAAAUCUCAGAAGCCAGAGGAGGAGGAAGACAGGAAUUUUAGUGGACAAGCAGAACAUAUUUAGCACCCGGCAUAGCUCUUUGUUCCUCCCUAUGGCUGACAGAAAAGAAGUAGAUUAUGCAAAAAAAAAAAAAAAAGUAAAUCAAAUUGAUAUUGCAUGAUUUUAUACAGGCCACAUCAUUCAGUUUCCUUGGUCAAAAACAAUGAUUUAUUUAUCUCUAGACAGACACAGUCUCUUGAUUAUAUUGUGCUACCAACAAAUAACAGAAGAGAUCAAAUUAUUCCAGGUUGCUAUAUGCUAAAGCUGCUUGCAGGGCAAUGAAAAAGUUGGUAAAACUAGCUUUGUAGUCCUGUUGCUCAGAAUAUUGUCAUGCCAGGAAUCUGUAUGUAAAAUCUGGUAAGUUUUUGUAACCUAAUAGAACCCAGCUGGAGCAAAAACUGCCCUUAGCUGUGAACCCCGCUUGAGGCCCUGCUACAAGAAGGAGCCACGUGUUCCUGGGUACUGGGAACGUAGCAUAGAAGCUGCCUUGCUGGGGGCAGCUCUUUGGAAACCUCAUUGAUCAGCGGCAGCAAAAGAAAUGAGAUCAAAUGACAGUGGACUAUUUGCUUGUGGAACUAGGGCUAGAGAGGGAAGAUGAAGGACUCUGUUUAGCAGGCCCUGAAGGAAGCACUUAACUGCCUGAAACAAGUGACAGGAAACACCUGCUCAGCUGUGGCCUUUGCAAGGUGCAGAGGUCUGCCCCCCCCCCAAUGACUUAGCAUGCCAACAAGUUCUGGAGUAGACAGCCUGCCUCUCAGAUGAGGGCUCUUCCCCACCAUCACACACACAGAGCCCCAGGAUUUGUUGGUGAGCAAUUGUUUUGGUGUUUUCUCUGGAGUUAACCAGUGUCCCUUCAAGCCCAGGGUCCUACACAUAGGAUCUGGAAAUCCCACCCAACCUGCACCCUCCAUAUUCCCUAAGGCGUUCUUACCAUCUUGGCUUUCCAAUCUAGGCAAAGCCCCAGUGAAAAGGACUUAAGUUUCUGAGCAGCUGUGUCUCUCAGUUCUAACAAGGGGAAAUGCUCCUCGUCGGAGAGCAGCAUCCGUUGCCACGUGGUUGGAUCAAUGGCCGUAAAGCUGUGUCUGUGUGAUUUAUAUCUCCCAGAGCACCAGUGCUAGCUGCACAGAGUACAGUAAAAAGGGUCUGGUGAACUGUGGCACAUGAAAAGACUAAAGAGACUGAAGAGAGAACUGCAGGAAUUGAGGGGGGGGGGUUGUUUCCUGUGCUGCUGGACUCCCAUGUGUAAAAGGUGUGUGUGGGGGGGAAUAUUCUUCUUCCUCUUCCUCUUCUUCUUCCUGUUAAAAUAUGUAUGUGCCCUUUGUCCAAAGAUCACAGGGUGGUUCACAACAUAAAAAUACAAAAUGAGAACACAAAAUACACAAUACCUCCCGCUGAAGACUGAAUAGGACUUCCGCCAGCCGCAUUCCAGUCCUGCUUCAGCAUCCAUCCAAUGCCUCUUUAAUUAUUAACUUGACCAUAACCAGAACCAGCUGGAGCUGCUGCUGCAUCUUUGUGGACCUGCUCCAAAGAGGGAUCGCUGAAGGUGAGGAUGUGCUGCAAGGCUCCGGUAGCAUAAGGAUGCCCUAAGUGAUCAGACGGGAGAAUAAAAUGCACACACAGGGCAUCUUUUCUUUCUGCCUACUCAAAGGUUGCUAAAGAUAUGGUCCUACUAGAGGAUGUGUUCCUGUGAUAUGGACUGAUGCUGUUAAAAAAAAUGAUAUUGCUGACACCCACACCUACCAGUCUACAGGACUUAGUGGUUUUCACCCUCCCCAAAUACAUGUGGGAAAAUUAGCCCUCCAGUUUCUGGAUUUUGAUACACCCCAAGAGGCAGGUAUAAUUCCCAUGCUCUCCAUGCCUAGCUAACAUGAAACAUAGAACUUCUAGCCUUGUCUAGCUUUGUGGGGAUGCUUGCUUGUCUCAUUUCCUAAGCCCAUUAUAAUACAGUAUGUAUAUAGACAUUCUGUAUCACUGCAGUGUUGAUGGUGGUGCAGUUGUGUGAUGUGUGAAUCUGAGAUGUCAGGUGGGACAGAAGUCUACAAUGUGUGAAUGCCUGAAAGAAGUGUACUCCACUGGAUUAAUAGAUCUGGUACUUUGAUCUGGAAGAUCUUGAUGUAUAUUCAACUGCUGCUAAAGAUUACUUAUAUAGUUCUGAAAAAGAAAUGUCCAGCACCAAUCCCACCACACCUGUAGAACAGGAAUCCUGAUAACUUUUAUCUCACAGCAUUGUGGUGAGGUUAAAUACAAUAAAGGCUGUAAAGCACUUAGGAAAUCAAGAAUGUUAUAGUAGGCAGUAUUUUUGUUCUUAUAAUAGCAUUAGAGGCACCCACAUUACUUUCAGUGCCUUCCGGUUCUAGCAAAACAUAAUAUGACAGAUGAAAUAAAUGAGUGUUCUGAAUCCCUUAGUUGAGAUCCCUGCAUUGCAGGGGGUUGGACUAGAUGAUUCUCAGGGUCCCUUCCAACUCUACAAUUCUAUGAAAAGGAUUUUAAACUGUGUUGGUGCUUAGAGUUGCUUUGCUAUGCUUCACAGUGUAGCACAAAUACAGGUUUGAAGAGGAGGUGGAAGGGGAAUAAGCUAUUUUGCUGUACCUCCAAAAUAUCAGAUUUAUAUGAUUGUUACAGCAAGGGAUUGGGUCUCCCUUUCGAGGAAGCCUUGAACUUGCAAGAGCCACAGGUUAAAAACCUCACAAAUAUGUGUGCAUUAGGAUAUGCUGUGGCUCCAUUUCCCAAGCUCAUGCAGUUUGGGACCUGAAGAAGUGUUUCCUUGCCACCGUGGAUUGUUAGGAUGACACCUGAUGCCAGGAGAGGAAAAUGAUUUUUAAAAAACAACAAAAUUAUAUUUUACAAGGGUUAUUAUUAUUAUUUUUAAAAACCAGACUCUGGAGUUAUCGGGAAAAUAGCUUAAUAAUCAGCCUUUCAGGUUCCAUGUGACCAUUCAGUGUUUUAUCACAUGGUAUGGUACCCUGAAUUUUGGAAAUGACUCAUAACCCUUUGCUGCAGUGGUGAACAUAUAGCAGCACUGUCCUUUCCCAGACACCAUCACUACAGCCAUAGUAACUGGGCACAUCAAAUGACAGAUCCACCAUGGUGCUUCUGCUGAAAGGAGCUGUAUCUCAUGAAGGUGCUAUUCUGUGACUCAUCCUGUUUUGUCUGCCGUCCCUUGCAAAACCCAAAUUUAUUAGAGGACUGCUUGGUAGCAUUUUAAAUCAGAGCCAGAAACUGACCCUUGCACCUAGGGCUAGAACCCUAGGCUAUGCUGCUUUUUAUGGCACUGAAGCAGCCAAAGGGAGAAAGUCUAUUGCUGGCUUUGCUUAUUAGGCUAGAAACUCUGUGAUCCACUUGGGAGACUGAGUAUAGAUCUGAGAACGUACGGUAGUAGUAGCAGCUCUGUUUUUUUAAAUACUGGCUUGCUCACCGUGAUCAUUUCCCUGUCUGCUCUUCUCUUGAGAUCAAAUGGGUGAAACACCUUCACUACAGUUGUCUGGAACCACCCAAAAGUGUUCACAUAACAUUUUAAUGUUUACCAUUCCACUAGAACUGGAGGGGAAACACAGUGAAAUUAAAACUAAAAUCUAGUUUGUGUUUUUUAAGUUCUUUUCCACAGCAUGCAUCGUUGAUCCUUGAAACAUGCUACCAUAAGAUCAUGAUGAUAGCCAAUAAUUUAACUAACUUCAAAAGGUGUAGAAUUUCUUCCUAGACAUAAUCCUUUCCAUUGCCAUUAACUAAAAUGGUUCAGACAUCUUAUUUCUUUAUAGAAAUAUUUUUUAAAUGAAAUAGCAGUAUAAUAAAUAUCAAAGCAGUUUGCAACAACAACAAAAGAGUAAAACCACAUAGUGAAAACCAUAUAAAAAAGUUAAACACAGAGCCUCACCAACUUGGGGAAUGAUCUACGACAUUCCUGCAGAUUAUUUUAGUUCUUGCAGAUUAUUUUAGUUAGUGAUUAAGAUGGAAUAUAAGGGUUCGGGUGAAGUUGUUUAGGAUUUUGUAAAUAAAUACAAGGGCCUCUUGCUGAGGGUGUUACCAGCUUAGGCGAGUGAAAUAACUGAAAAGUGAAUGGCAAAGGUUGGAGUUACCGUAUAUGCUGAUUCAUUGCAGUGUUUCAGGCUUCCUCUGGUACAUCUGGAACUGGUUCUUGUCAGAGAGGGGAUACUGUGCUAGAUGUACUAACCACAUAAGACUGAUCCUUUGUUUUUAUGUAGCGGAGGCUCACAUCUCCUUGCUAGACCCUCACUAGAACCAACUGUGAUUCUCAGGAAAUUUGUGCCCUGAAUUCUGCAGCUUAGAGUCUGGUAAUUAGAACCAUUCCUAUUGCUAGGCAGUUCCCGACAGCAGAACUUUGGUUUGUCCCAGUGGCAGUUUGACACACAACACUUUAGCUAGAGUGUGUGUGUGUGUGUGUGUGUGUGUGAGUGAGAGAGAGAGAGAGAGAGAGAUUUGGUAUUUCAGCACAUAAUCCAAGCCCCGACUCCUUUUAUGAAAAAGAAAACAGAUGUGUAGCCUUUCAGCUCCAGUUGCAAUUGCACGUUACCCAUAGUUCUGCAGAAUGAAGUAUUCUUUCAUUAUUUUCUUACUUGCUCUGAUGAGUAGCAGGCAUUUAAAAUGCUGUAUUUAUUGACUUCUGAUUUUAGCAUCUGAUGAAAAUAAGACAAUCCUGGUUCAGGCUGCCAGUACAUUUAGGCUUGUGCUGCUAAAGCAAGCCAUCAGUUAAGUGGAAGACAUGCAUUCCAUAUUUUGAGGGUUUGUUCUAUUACAGUGAAACCUAGAAACCUGUUACUUAAAAAAAGUCUGUUGUGCUAGAACAGUUGUACAGCUGCAGCUGUAUAUGUGUGCACAUUUGCACAACCAGCUAUAUCCUCCCCCCCCCCAAUUAUUUUCCAAUGCUCAGUUGAAGGAAGCACCUACUGUAAUUUUAUGCCUUGAAUCUUACUGGGUUUUUUACAUGGUGUAUGUCUCAAAAAUACUCUUCAUUACAGGAGAAUUAAAUACACCAACCAACACCAGCCAAUCUGAGUUGCUAAAAAGGCUUGCUCUAAAAUGAAAUGAUACAUACUUUGGGGUUUAGUUUCAAAGUUAAAAACAAUAAUGGGACCCAGGUGGCGCUGUGGUUAAACCACUGAGCCUAGGGCUUGCUGAUCAGAAGGUCGGCAGUUCGAAUCCCUGCAACAGGGUGAGCUCCCGUUGCUUGGUCCCAGCUCCUGCCAACCUAGCAGUUCGAAAGCACGUCAAAAUGCAAGUAGAUAAAUAGGAACCGCUACAGCGGGAAGGUAAACGGCGUUUCCGUGUGCUGCUCUGGUUUGCCAGAAGCGGCUUUGUCAUGCUGGCCACAUGACCUGGAAGCUAUACGCCGGCUCCCUCGGCCAAUAAUGCGAGAUGAGCGCGCAACCCCAGAGUUGGUCACGACUGGACCUAAUGGUCAGGGGUCCCUUUACCUUUACCUUUAAAAUGAAAUGAUACAUACUUUGGGGUUUAGUUUCGAAGUUAAAAACAAUAAUGUGUCUUUUUCCAGCUCUGUCCAUCAGUUCUCAUUUGCAAAAGCUGCCAUGUAUCCUUAUUUUGGGAUGUUACAUUCUACAGAACAUAUAUUGCCCAUAGAACAGGUGCUGAAAACUCACUUUUGACCCACGUUUCUGGCUAGCACUGGACUUCAUGCUUCCCUGCUUAGUAACAUUUAGGGUUUGAAAGACAUAUUGUCUGUACUUGCAAGGUUCAUAUAUCCCAGGGCAGCUCUGAAGGGGACGCAGUGGCAUUAGACCUAAUGACGAGGAACUUGUAGCUCUCCAGCUGUUGUGGGACUCCAUCACAACCGAUGGUCAGGGAUUAUGGGAGUUGUAGUCCAGUGAUGUCUGGAAGACACAGGUUCCCUACCCCUGCAUUAGUUCAAUACUAUCUUACAUAAAGACCAAUGCUAUAGAUUCACUCUGUUUCUAAAAUUAGAAAUGCGAAGGCUCAGGUGUGCCUGCAGGUCACUAUCCUGCGCUAGAAACCUUCCACUGAAUUCUAAAUGUGCUCAUAAUAUUUGUAGUUAUUCACCAGGCGACCAGUAUAGGUACUCUUAUUUAUGGUUACAUGACAUGUUCAAGGCCGAGCCCCAGGCUAAGGUUGCAUCCUUUUCUCCUGACAGUGGUUCUGUUCUAUCGACAUGCAAAGAUGCAAAAGGAAUGGCUUUUGCCAUCCCAGCAACCAAACUGUGAAGCUGUUGGCUCCUCUGUUGGAUGGGGGAAACUGACAAUCUGAGCCCCAGGCUCCAUGGCUGUCCUUGGUGAGCCACAGCACAAGUUUAGUUCUACUGGUUUUAGCCAUUGCUCAUAGCAACUUGACACAAAUUCAGCCCUGCUGCAAGGGAAGGCAUAACUGUUUUUGGCUACAUUUAGAAGAGACCCCAUAUCACAAAAAUGCACCACAUCCUGGAAAUUGCAGUGAAGGCUUUGGACUGCACAGUCAUUACACUGGGAUUUAAACAUUUUGCAUCUGGCAUCACAGAAAUUUAUGCUUUUAGUCUACUCUAAAUCAAACCCUACGAGCUAGCAGGAGCUGGAGUAGUUAAAUGCCCAUCUCCUCACAUGCAGUUUCGUUAGUAAUUAUUUUUGUGGUUGUUUGUGGGUAACAAAAUAUCAGUUUCAGCUGGAUUCUAUGCAUGUUUAAUUUACUUGGAAGUAACUCCUACUAAAUGCAAAGGGUUUUUGCUUCUUAGGUGCGUCCUUGCGAUUACAGACUUUCUUGCAGCAAACUACCCAGUAGGAAAAAGCACUUCAAGCUAUUUAUUUCAGCACGCAACCCCAACCCUUUCAUUGAAUUAAAGCGAUUUGGGCACUAGAUUUGCACAGAUGGAGGAAACGAGUGAAACCUCCCAACGUGGCGAAGUUUCUUUCCUACCAGGGAUAUUUGCAAGACCUGGAAUAAGGCACACAGCGCUUUGAAGCUCUCCAUCCUGCUUAGAUGGGAGUGGAGGGAAUUGGCCUUUUUUGUUUUUGUUGUAGAGCCCGAGAGUUUAUUCCAUGGUGGGAGAAGACCUGGUACUUCCCAGCCUGCUUUACUUAGAGUGGGGAGCUUUUCACCCACCCCUCUUCUUCUUCAUCAUCAUCAUCUUCUUCUUCUUCUUUCAGGGCGGGUGGCAUCACCUCCCACCGCAGCUUUCUCUCCUCUGGUCUUUCCGGCUGCCUGGCGUCCCCUUCCCUCCCUGGGAUUUACCUCUUUCUGUCUGGGUCUGUCUCUCCCUUUUGUUUUUCUCAGCCUAGGCAUGGCAGAUCCCUCCCUCUUUCAUGCGAUCAGAGCAGCCCCUGGAGCGGGGGAGAGAGGAGUGGGAGUGGGGAGGAAAGUCCUCCUCCUCCUCCUCUUCCUCUUCCUCCUCCUCCUCCUCCUCCUCGGAGAGGAGCUUCUGGGCCUCUUUCUGAAAGGCACAGGGAGGUGUGCGCGCGCGCGUGUACGCGAGAGCGAGCGUGUGUGCAAGAGCCGAGCCUCCUCCAUGCCCCAACAGAGGGCCUGAGACAGCAGCAGGAGCAGCCAUUGUUCAGGGAAAACCUGGCAGACAAAGGACGGGCUUCCUCCUUUUCACCGAAGCCUUCCUGUUUCUUUCGGCGGCCGCUCGCUCCGCUAGGCCUCUCGGCAGCCGCCGCGCUCCGCUCCCGCCUCGUCCAGUUGCAACCCGGCUCCUGGCCUUUUUCUAAAUUAUUCUUUUCCCCCCUUUCCAUUUUGAACUUUCUCUCUCCUCUCCCCAUGGCUGGCUGGGAGUAAAGCACCCUCGGGCAGCAGGGAUGUUCUGAGUUCCCGUCCUGCCGCCUUCUCCCACUUCUCCCCCCCACCCCACCGUCCCGCCCCUCGCCCUCAACAGCGACACUCCGGCACUUCUCCCCAGGCUGUUCCUCUAAGUCAUUCAAGCUGUACUCUCCAAAGGAGCCCCCAAACGGCAACGCCUUCCCCCCCUUUCACCCGGGCACUAUGCUGGAUCGAGAUGUGGGACCAACUCCUAUGUAUCCGCCAACAUACCUGGAGCCUGGGAUUGGGAGGCACACACCAUAUGGGAACCAGACUGACUACAGGAUAUUUGAGCUCAAUAAGCGGCUGCAAAACUGGACAGAGGAAUGUGACAAUCUGUGGUGGGAUGCCUUCACCACUGAGUUCUUUGAGGAUGAUGCCAUGCUAACAAUCACCUUCUGUCUGGAAGAUGGACCAAAGAGAUACACGAUUGGCCGCACCCUGAUCCCCCGCUAUUUCCGCAGCAUCUUUGAAGGGGGUGCUACCGAGCUGUAUUAUGUCCUGAAGCACCCGAAGGAGUCCUUCCACAACAACUUUGUCUCGCUCGACUGUGACCAGUGCACCAUGGUCACCCAGCAUGGCAAGCCCAUGUUCACCCAGGUGUGUGUGGAGGGCCGCCUCUACCUGGAGUUCAUGUUUGACGACAUGAUGAGGAUAAAGACGUGGCACUUCAGUAUCCGGCAGCACCGGGAGCUCAUUCCCCGCAGCAUCCUUGCUAUGCAUGCGCAAGAUCCCCAGAUGCUGGACCAGUUGUCCAAGAACAUAACUCGAUGCGGACUGUCAAACUCCACGCUCAACUACCUCCGACUUUGCGUAAUCUUAGAACCAAUGCAGGAGUUGAUGUCACGGCACAAGACCUACAGCCUCAGUCCCCGGGACUGCCUCAAGACAUGCCUCUUCCAAAAGUGGCAACGGAUGGUGGCGCCACCUGCUGAGCCUGCACGUCAGCAGCCCAGCAAGCGCCGGAAAAGGAAGAUGUCAGGGGGCAGCACCAUGAGUUCUGGUGGUGGCAACACCAACAACAGCAACAGCAAGAAGAAGAGCCCAGCCAGCACCUUUGCCCUCUCCAGUCAGGUACCUGAUGUGAUGGUGGUGGGCGAGCCGACCCUGAUGGGCGGGGAGUUUGGUGACGAGGACGAGCGCCUGAUCACGCGGCUGGAGAACACGCAGUUCGACGCUGCCAACGGCAUUGAUGACGAGGACAGCUUCAACAACUCUCCCGCGCUGGGCGCCAACAGCCCCUGGAACAGCAAGCCCCCCUCCAGUCAGGAGAGCAAGUCUGAGAACCCGACGUCGCAAGCAUCGCAGUAAAGCCCUAACCCCCAGCCUGGCCUUCCACGGACUUGGCUGGCGUCCCCAUGGACUGAGUCGAAACCGUUCUACCUGGACAAUUUGUGAAGAAGAGUAGCCGGCUGGCUGGCCGGCAAGGUAUCAGGGCCGGUGGGCCUUGCAGCACCAGCCUGCCCACCUACCUGCCUCCAGUUGGCCUGGCCACCACUCCCUGAUGUCUGCACUCUUGGCUGUGCCCUCUAGGGCAGACUUGGGGCGCUGGGCCUGACAGAGCCUGGGUCUCACUCUAGGCCUGGCAGAAUUUUAACUCCUCCUCCCUUCCCACCCAUGCAUCCAGAGCUCCGGACAACACAAGCGGCACUCUUGCAGGAUGGCGUUCCAUGCUCUUUAUACGCCCCGUUGGAACCUGACUGGCACGAAACACCUCAGGAAGGGAAGGGGCCACGAAUGCUCCUGGCGAUUUGGCAGAAUGUCCAGCCCUAAGCACGUUUUAUAUAGAAGUCCAGCUCCAUAUUUGGCCUCAAGGGGGCUCCCUUCUAACAGGAGGGUCUGGCAAUGUCACGGGGGCAGCUAUGAUUUCUGUGGGGUGGGUCUCAAGCAGUCGUGCGGCAGUGGGGCUAAUGCUGUCCUGCCUGAAGACAAGGGGAGUUUAAUGCCUCCUGGAAUGUGGUUAUAAAAGAACCCUGCAGUUGGCAUGGUGGGGGCACAUGCCCCUUGUGGUCUGGCCCUCUGCCUGGCCUGCUCCUACAGAAAACUUCGAUCUUGACCCCUCCCCUGUACUUUGGGUUUGGUUUUUUGUUUUUUUACAAAAAAAAUUAUUAAAAUUGUACGUUAAAAAAAAUCUGCCCUUCCUCCCUAUUUCCCCCCAAUCCUGAUUUUUGUACAGGCUUGUCUACCAAUUGGGAGUCUUGGUUUUUAUAUACAGUUCUGAGAGCUUCAAACCAAGGAGAGACUUUGCAGACUUCCUUUCUACAUCAUUUGAGGACAGCAUGGCUGCCCCACUUUGCCCCCUCUGUGUAACUUGUGUGUGCUGCUGUCCUUGCUCCCUCCCUUCUCUACCACUCCCCCCCCCCUUUCGGGUUUGUGUACCUUGUGCUUGUAUAUUUCCGCGCUGUAGGCUGUGUGUAUGAUACUGUUCUUUCACUGUGUUCUCACUAAUGCAGCCGCCCCCACCAGUGGUUGGGGGAGUUCAUUGUGACGGGCGUCCUUUGUGGGAGGCAGGAGAGUUCAGAGGGUACUGUCACCAGUUUACAGCAGUGCAGAACAUGGGGAAUGGGGGUGAACGCAACCUGGAGAUGGGGUAACACAUGCUUUGUAAAGAAGGGUGGCCAUUUCCUCCAUUACAGAGUGAAGUUCUAGGUAACUUUUUUCCAGUCGGAUCCAUCCUUCCUGGUGGGGAUUGACAGGGGUCACAAAGGUCCCCAAGGAAAGAAGACCUGUUCCUUAAACCCACCCAGUUCACUCUCUGGUGUUUGGAUGUCACUCAACAUUUUCCACCUGCAAUUCCUUACUCUUAAUUUUGUCCCGAGAACCAUGGAAAGAAGUUGCUUUGUCAUGGAGGCCUCAAACCAAACAUCUGUAAAGCUUGGGUUGCCAUCUGUGAGGUAGCCCACAAAGUCUUUUGGUCACCUCAUGGCAUGGACUGAUUCUGAGGGUGGUGGCAUUUAGAGGGCACAGUCUGGACUGUCAUGGCAACCACCCUUUGCCUUACUUAGACUGUUUCUCUAAGCAGGUCCCAGACUGCGAGGGGCUUUUUUAGGAGGAUUGCUGCCGCCAGGCUUACCCUAGAGCUGCCGUUUCCGGCCCAUUGCUCUGUGGUAGACGCCACCUGGCUCAUGCGCUGGAAUCUCAUAAGUUCUCCAUUCCCCUGGAGGACCCCAGAUGGAUCAACCUGGAACAUGCUUGGGGUGUGGGGUGGGACUGGUCACUUUUUAUGUUUCUGGGCCCAGAUGCUCCAUUCUGGCUCUACCCCUCGGGAGUAGGCAAUACAACAGUCAAGACUAUAAUUUACAGGGCGUUUUUCUGUAACCUUUUUGUACCUAAAUAUAUGAGUGUCACGUCCCCCAUUGCUGUGCUCGGCAUGAACUGGUGACGUGAACUCUGUCCCCUCUCCCCACCCUUCUUGCCCUUUCCACCUACCACUCCCCCUCCCCCCCCCCGGGGCACUGUAAAGCCUUUUUUUUUUUUGCAUAGUUUGUGCCAUUUAUGGUCAUGUAUGGUACCAAUAAAACAACUUUUUUCGG